CAAGUUUGUGGUUCCUAGGGUGUUGGGCAUAGUGAGCUUUUGGCAGGUUUAUUUCAUUCGUGUUUCUGAAAUCAACCUAUGCAGAUGGGUUGUGGUUUAUUGGUGUUUUGGAUCUUCGGAUCGGUUGCGCUUUCGCAUCGAUUUGUACUCGUAAGAAGUGAGAAUGUUGAAGCUGAUUAUGACGGAGAUCGGUUAAACGAAACAACCCAGUAUCAUGCCCUAGAUGCGUUGUUGCUCGAAUCAGUUGAAACUGAUCUCAAAGAAGAUCGGUUAAACGAAACAACCCAGUAUCAUGCCUUAGAUGCGCUGUUGCUAGAAAUUGAUGGAUUCAACAAGAUGGAUUUCGACUCACCUUCCCAAACAAAACUGAUCACACCUGUCCCUUGCCCAUUCAAUGCUUCUGUGUGGGAAUAUCCCCACAUAGUUUCGGUGGUUGACGUAAAAAAGCGUGAGGCAUUGUGCAUUGGAUCCCUCAUAUGGGAUGAUUUUGUACUCACAGUGACGGAAUGUAUAUCAAGCCGUCCCGUCGCUCGCUUACAAAUAGCUAUAAACAACCCGAAUCAGGCGAGCUGCCUAAUGCGUAAAAUAGCACAAACGUUUACGCAUCCUUACUACCCGCAGCGCAACCAGGCAAUAUACAACAUAGCAUUAAUAAAGCUGGACAAAAGCGUCCCUGUAAAACUACAUGUAAUUCCCACAUGCUUUUGGAUGAACGACAAAUUUCCAGUUGAUGGGUCAACGGACAUACUUGUUGUAGAAGGUGACAUGAAGUCAUCUCGUAUCAAGUCAAGUUAUACGGGUCACUUGAACAAAACUGACGACCAUCAAGUACGAAUCGAUCAAACAGAUGAUAACGAGAACAACAACAUCGUCUGUUACGGAGCUCUCGUUCAACGUAAUGCUGUGGUCACUUUAGCGGAAUGCGUCGUGAAUCUUAGCGCCGAUGAACUGAGAGUUGCGUUUUCCGAUUUUUCCAUGAAUGUUCGAGACGUUGUUGUGCAUCCUGAGUUUGGCGACGCUAGUGACAUCUUCGUUAACAACAUAGCGGUGUUGAUGCUGGAAUAUCCCGUGCCGUUCUUUUCUGUCUCUACGGGGUGGUACGAAGAUACAUUGGCCAGUGAAGAAAUGUGGAUCUCCGGAGAGUAUAAGGAACGCAUGCUUCCGAAUUGUGAUCCAUCCAGAAACGAGACAUUUGAGUCUGCAUCCGUUUACGCAACCGUGCCCCAAAACGCAGAAUGUUUCGAUAAACUACCUCAGCUUUCACGGCAAAAUAAUAACACACAGCAUCUUUGUCUGGAAGUAAAGUCAGCCACUGCUUUGGACACUUGCAACAUCAACAAAGGAGCUGCACUGGUCGUUUCGAACGAAACUUUCAAUAAUAUUUACGGAUUGAAUUUAUUGCAGCAUGAUUGUGAUAUGAGCAAACCAAUAGUUGCAGUGCGUCUAAGUGCACACCAAAGUUGGUUGAGGUCUGUUUUACAAACUUCGAGUGUAAACAUAAGACAGGAUUUGCAUCUUAACGACCGCUGCACGUAUCCAGGAGGAGUCAAGGGACAGUGCGCCGAAGAGCAAGAGUGUCCCGGUGCUGAUGAGCGUAUCCCGCCGUCCCUACCGCCUAUGUUCUGCAGCAAUCGAUCGGUUAUUUGCUGCCCAGAUAAAGUGCAGCCACAGCUAAAUGCAAUUGAAACGGAGUUCAAUGAAUGUGAAAACCGAUAUCGUCAUCUAAGACAGUCGCUUGUCGCCCAAUCCUUUCAGUCACCUCAUCUGGUCGAGCUUGGAUGGGAAUAUGAUCGUUUUAAGCUUUUCGAUUGUCUUGGUUACCUGAUCAGCAGCCGGGGAGUUGUAACAUCGGCCUCUUGUGUGAAAGCGAAAUUUGCUUAUCCAAACAUCGUGCGUAACGUACACCCUACUGAUAGGAUUGUUGUACCGAUAGAAUCCGUACACAUUCAUCCAGAAUAUAACGAAACGGGUGAAGCGCAUGAUAUUGCUCUGAUAAAACUUUCGACGGAAGACUACAUGACGGUGAAUUUAUUCCCAGUUUGCCUAUGGCAGAGCUUCAAUGAGCAAUUCCAGCGACAAGGUCAUUUGCUUGCUGUCUUAAAAGAACAUGAAUGCCGGCUCAAGCCAAUGAGUCAACAGGAAUGCAAUGUGAUAUCGAAAUACCCGACAGUGGAGUCUGAACUGUGUCCCUAUGAUCCGUUUGUGCGCUCCUGUUCGUUGUACUAUAUUCCUGCAUUGAAACAUUCUGCUGUAAAGUGUAAGUUUGCCGAAGAUGAUAGUAAGCUCUGUGGUAGCUGUAUAAACCCUGGUACUCCUAUUAUACUGAAAAACUUACUGGACGUCGAAGAUAUUCCCGUAACUUACUUGUAUGGCAUACACGGAGCUAGAGAAUGUGACACAAAGGAUAUUCGCUUCAUUCUUCGUACCGCAUAUUACAUCGAUUGGUUUGCAAAAGUGCUGAAGUAAGUUGUACAGAGUAAAAAUCUUCAACUGUAUGAGCGCAUUGAACAACAAUCACAGUGACUCAUGUAUGAUAGAAUAUCCUAUGGAGCGAAUAAACCUAGAAAGGAAAAAAAACCUGGCUUAAACACAAUUUUUGUAAAACUAUCUCACUAAACACUCAUACUCAUGUCAACACAAUCGCAAAAAAAUAUAUCCUUCAAAGCUACUGGGGGUUUUUGGUCACAUUGAAAAACAAAAGACCAUAUCUGAUGAUUAAAUAUGUGUUUCAAUACCAAAACCAAAAGUGAUUUCCAUAUUAUUUAGAGUUACCAUAAAUGUGUGAAGAUCGUAAAU